AUGGGUUGUUCCCCAAUAUUAUUGUGUCGCUUCACCUUAUUCACUCAGUACUUGCUCUUCCUACUGAUCACUGCAUUUGAUUACUUCAUGGUUACUAACUCUGUCUCUUCUUUGCAGCCACGAUGCCACGAAGACGAGAGUUCUUCUCUGAUGCAAUUCAAGCAAGGCCUUUCAAAAAGAAAGUUUGCUUCUAGCCAUCCUUCUGCCUAUUCAAAGGUUGCGUUGUGGAAUCGCGACGUAGAAGGCAGUGACUGCUGCUCCUGGGAUGGUGUCACAUGCGACGAGGACACUGGCCAUGUGAUCGGGCUUGACCUCAGUAGCAGCCAUCUCUAUGGUUCUUUCGACUCGAAUAGCAGCCUCUUCCACCUUGUUCACCUUCACAGCCUCAACCUGGCUGACAAUAACUUCAAUAAGUCACUUCUCCCCUAUGAGUUUGGGGGCCUUACAAAAUUGUCUUAUCUUAACCUCUCAUCAUCUGCCUUCGUCGGCCACAUACCAUUCCAAAUUUCAAAUUUAACCAAAUUAGUUUCCCUCGACCUUUCGUCGAACUACUUUGAGGGUCAGAUACCUUCUUUAGCAAACCUAAAGCAACUUCAGAUUUUGAACUUGUAUUACAAUGAAUUAACUGCUCAAAUCCCAAACUGGCUUAUGACACUGACUCUAUUAAAAGAGUUACACCUUUCCUAUAAUUACAUGCAUGGUCCAAUACCAGAAUCAAUAUCUCAACUUGUGAAUCUAGAAUAUCUCUCUCUUUACUCAAACAACCUGAAUGGAACAGUGAAAUUAAACGCGUUUCUUACCAUGAAAAAUCUUACCAGCCUUCUGUUGUCAGAUAACCGACUGACAUUUCUCACCGGUAGUCCUAUCAAUGCUUCAUUUCCGAAAUUCAAGUACCUAGAAUUGGCCUCGUGCAACUUAAUUGACUUCCCUGAUUUCUUAAAAGAACAAAAUGAGUUGCAGUCACUAAUCCUAAGAAACAACAGCAUCCAUGGCCCCAUACCUAAAUGGAUAUGGGAUAUGAGUAAAGAAACUCUGUUGGUUAUGGAUAUUUCUCAAAACUUUCUAACCUUCGACGACCACCAACCUCCUUUAGUCCUUCCAUGGAGAAAACUACGCAGUCUAGACUUUAGUUCCAACAUGCUGCAAGGUUCACUUCCAAUCCCACCAUUGUCCAUCUUAAGCUACAGAGUCUCGGACAACAAACUGUCUGGAUCGAUUCCACCAUUCUUCUGCAAUCUGAUCUCUCCUUAUGCGGUGGAUUUAUCUUACAACAAUCUGAGUGGUGUCAUUCCCCAAUGCUUGGGCAGCUUUAGUGAUUCCCUGUCGGUUCUGAAUCUCGGAAACAACAACUUACAUGGCCCAAUUCCUCAAAUAUGCAAGAAUGGAAGCAAACUGGUGAUGAUCAAUUUUGGUCAAAACAAAUUACAAGGGUCGGUGCCAAGAUCGUUGCCCAACUGCACAUUUCUAGAGAGUCUUGACCUCGGAAACAAUCAGAUCAACGACACUUUCCCCUUUUGGUUGGGAACACUUUCAAACUUGAAGGUUCUGAUUCUGCACUCCAAUAAAUUCCAUGGUGCAAUACCGAACCCGUACUCCAAUGUUGCCUUCCCCAGCUUGCACAUCAUUGACUUGUCUCACAAUUGUUUCACUGGUAAGCUGCCUUCAAAUUACUUCCGGAGUUGGAAAGCCAUGAAGACUGUAGAUGAUCAUAAUCAAUCGACGUACAUGGGGACAGCAAAAGAUCUGGAUACACUUGGAGAGAGUUUGUCUAUGUUUUACUUUUACUCGAUGACGCUGACAAACAAAGGUGUGGAAACAGCAUAUAUGGAUAUCCAAAGUAUCUUCGUUGCCAUUGAUCUCUCGAGCAACCAGUUUGAGGGAGAGAUUUCGGAAUCUAUGGGGAUUCUAAGGGGGCUUCGAAUGCUCAACCUGUCUAACAACAAUCUCAUUGGUGAGAUCCCAUCUUCCUUUGGGAAUCUAACAGAGCUCGAAUCAUUGGACCUUUCUCAAAACAAACUCUCCGGAGUAAUACCUCAGAAGCUCACACAGCUCACGUUCCUUGAAUUCCUCAAUGUCUCUCACAAUCGUCUAAGAGGGCCAAUUCCACAAGGGAAGCAAUUCGAUACCUUUCCAAACAGUUCAUAUGAGGGGAAUCCGGGAUUGUGUGGAGACCCUUUGUCGAAGAAAUGUGGCAAUUUAGAAGCACCACCACCUCCUUCAACAUUCAAGCAAGAUGAUGAUCCUUCAUGGUUUCCGAUUGAUAAAGCUAACUGGAUUGUCAUGUCCAUGGGCUAUGGAGGUGGGUUAAUAGUUGGGUUGAUUAUUGGGCACACUCUGACCACAAGGUAUCAUGAAUGGUUUGUCAGCACCUUCGAAUGGAACCAAAAGAAGCAAAGAAGGAAGAGUAAGAGGGGGCAAAGAAGCUAA